GUAGGUAGGUAGGUAGGUAGGUAGGUAGGUAGGUAGGUAGGUAGGUAGGUAGGUAGGUAGGUAGAUGCAUCCUAUGGGUGCAUCCCAUUUACUAUCAAGUAUAACCCAUGCACAGACGAUAGCACCAUAGUCUAAUAUUGGCUGUAUAUGAGUGACUGGUUCUUGCUUUAAGGGUUCUUGCUUUAAGUGACAGGAAUUUCUUUUUCUUUUUCCUAGUCGCUUGGAGAUCUUAUUACGAAUGUACUUGAGGUGGUUGUCCCGGGUUUGUCUAAUUUGAUGACAAGCCAGUUUAACAUCAUCGACACAUUCAAGCAAGACAUUUUGGGUGCUGGCAGUCAAAUCAUUUCCUACCAAUUUGCUCAACUUUGGCUUGCUACAGCAUCGAUCAUUAAUAUCGUAGUUUGAUGCCCAACAGCAAAACAGUCUAUGAACGCGCAAUGGCCCGAGAUUUGAGCAGCUCCUAAUGGAACAGACUCCGUCUAAAUGAAGUCUAGGCGCGCGAGGAUGCCUUAGCUUUUUCUCGCGCGCGCAACUUUUUCCAGCCAUGGUAACGCGUCUGACCGUUGUUUCGUCACAGGCAAAAGUGGCGUGUACAAACAGAUUUUCACACUUCUUGCUGAAACUUCGGUGAGGCAAGACGUACAUACUUUGCAACUGCAAAAAGAAACGAAAAAUAAGCUAGAACAAUGCCCGAAAGUCAUAAAAAUACGUGAGUAUCAGGCAGACUCUUCUAUAGAUUAUUAUUUUUCUUUUUUUAAAGUGAAAUAAAGUGAUAAAACACGAUUAAACGAUGGACUGAAAACUCCAUCUUGCAGAUGAUAUAUUUAUAUCGAAUGAUUUGCCCUUUAGUUGCAAGCGGACUCGAAGAGAAAGUGGCGAAUCUCUUCGUCCGCCAAAUAAGAAGGUCAAACAGACAUCUGGCACGUCCGCAAACUGCCCGCCAAACGAGACGAGGGUCCCAUCCCCUGCGUUGGAAGUGACCACGGCGGCUUCGAUUCCACGGCAAAGAAAGCGAAGGGCGUGCCCAAUCGAUGUUGCCAUCACGGAUGAAGUGCUUCGCCGGGAGUAUUGUCUCGGUGCUGAGCUAGGACAGGGUGGUUACGGGAAGGUGGUCAGUGCCGACAAGAUUGUACGAUGGAGACGGUUCAAGCGACCAAAGACAGUUCCCGUCGCCAUCAAAUAUAUGCCAGACGACGCUUAUACGUCGCCAUGUCCAGAUUCAAGGAUCGCAUCAUUCCAACUGAGGUCCGCUAUCUGCACAAAUGCCAUCACGUGAACAUCAUAGAGCUCCUUGCACACUACACCAUGCUUGACGACGAACAGACCUCACGUCACGUGAUAGUGAUGGAACGGCCUGCGCACUGCCUCGAUCUGUUCAGCUUCCUCGAGAUUCAGCCACAAGGACGCGUGAAGGAGAAGGUCGCCAGGAAGAUCUUCCGUGACGUGAUGAGAGGGGUUGACUACUUGGACAAGAGGGGAAUCCUGCACAAUGACAUCAAGCCAGAGAACAUCCUGCUGGAGGUUGAGCCCGCGGACAAAUCCUCUAAAAGGCCACGGUGUAGCGAGAGGAAGUCAGCAGCUUUUCCCGCCAUUGCUGGCCCAUCAGUAGAACACGCGUCCGCCAGUGGAGCAUCCAGUACCGAGCGUGCUGUUGCAAAUAUCCCUAAAGUCAUUCGCGCCAAACUCAUUGACUUUGGGUUCGCUACCGGUCGCAACGCAGACCCGAAAGUGUCCAAGUUUAGAGACGCGUGUGAGCUUCUCCAAAAGCUGCUCGAGAAAGAGGCGUUCUGGCGGACGAGCCUGGAGAGCAUCUCGCAGGAUCCGUGGCUCACAAGGGGCUAGACAGGGGGGCUUGUAUCUAGUGCCGUAGAAUUCAAUAAACAGAUCUAGCUGAAGCAAGGCUGAAGUUUAGGAAAUGUGGGACUCUUCUAUAAACAGAUCUAGCUGAAGUAAGGCUGAAGUUUAGGAAAUGUGGGACUCUUCUAUAAACAGAUCUAGCUGAAGUAAGGCUGAAGUUUAGGAAAUGUGGGACUCUUCUAAAGGGUCUAGAUAUUCUAAUGUAAUAACAUCCUAGAAAAGCCAGAGUAAGUAGGGGAAGAGUCUUCCUCUAUCAACUCUGACAAAAGGGAAAGUUUUCAUAAAUCGGUAAAAUCCAAUGUACUUAUAAUUUUCUUGUGUUAUUUCUGAAUUGUUUCUUUUGUUUUCUUUUAUUAUUAUUUAUGUGUUUCAUGUUUAUGUUUUACAAAUUUAUGAAAACCCCUCAUAUGAUACCACAUCGGUCUAGGAAGUUAUAUUUGUAAAUAUAAUUAAGUAAAAUAA